AUGAGUAAACUUUUCACUUCGAAAUCAAAUGCGUUCGAGCUCGAAACGUUGGAGAUUCACAACAAUUUAAGAGCAGAGCAUGGAGUACCACCGCUAGUAUUAAGUAAAGAAAUAAGUAAACACAGUCAAAAAUGGGCUGAAGAAUUAGCCAAGAAGGAUGAAAUGGCCUAUAGCCUGAACCAAACAUAUGGAGAAAAUAUAUAUUGUGGUUGGUCAGCAGAUCCAAACAUUAAAAUAACCCCAAACGUUUGUGUAGAAAAAUGGUAUAACGAAAUAAAUGAAUUUUCGUUUGGUAGAGAACCAGAAGUACUCACAUGUGGCCAUUUUACACAAAUUGUAUGGAAAAACACAAAGGAAUUGGGUGUUGGAAGUGCGAAAAGCAAGUCUGGUAAACUUUAUGUGGUUGCAAACUAUUACCCUCCAGGGAACUACAGCGGACAAUUUUCCAAAAAUGUUUUACCUCCUGGUGCUAAUCAAUUUCGGGAAAGUAUUAGCUAUAGAUCAUCUAACAAUAAUUUGUCGUCUCCAUCUUCAAGUCUAAGGAGUAGUAAAAAUAUAAGUGAUCUAGCGUCAGAUAUAGUAAGCAAAUUUAAAUCUACUAGUAUAUCUAACGAGAAAUUUGAAGAAGAUUUAUUGGACGCACAUAAUGAGUACCGAAAAAUGCAUGGAGUACCUGCAAUGGAAUUAAAUAGAAAACUUUGCAAGUACGCAGAAGAAUGGGCAAAAACAUUGGCAAAAAAAGAUCAAACUGAGCACAGAGAUCAAAAUGAAUAUGGGGAAAAUAUUUUUUCAGCGUGGUCUUCUGAUCCCAAUUUUACAGUAACUGGAAGACAGCCUGUUGAUAAAUGGUACAGUGAGAUAAAUACUCAUAAAUUUGGUAAAGAACCGACCGAUUUAGGUUCAGGGCACUUUUCCCAGGUUGUUUGGGAGGACAGUAAAGAGGUCGGCGUAGGUGUAGCCAAAUCGAAAGAGGGCAAGGUUUACGUAGUUGCUAAUUAUUAUCCUCCUGGCAAUGUGAUUGGAAGUUUCGCUACUAAAGUUAAGCCACCCAUUAACCUUUAA